AUGAUGUCUGUUGGAGUUUGUGAAAUUGUUGUUGUUGUGUAUACUUGUCGUGAUUUUGGCCCGAAGAUAUACCUGAUUGACACUGUUGAUUUUGCUGAAUUCCAGGUUGAGUCCAAGCUGAGGAGGGUGAUGAGGGGUAUGGGCAAGGUGGAAUAUCCAAAGGCAUACCAUUGUCCAAUAGGGCACCCAUGCUAUUGUGCUUAUUGGUAUUAUCCAACAGUCACAAUUGCGGCCACCACCACGAUCACCUCUCCUGUCUCCACCCCGAUUAUUGUUGUUAUUCCUGCCAUUGUUGUUGCAGUUUUAGCCCUAUGUAUCACCAUAGUUGUGGCGAAUGUGGUGAAUCUUGUGGGGAGAUUGAGAGACAUCAAUAUCAUGAGCCACGGCAAAACCAACAUCAGUUACAAUUUUCUUUGCAAAAUCAACUUCUUCUAA